UAGCUAAUGGGAAUACUGCGCGGUUCGCUGAGGGGUUAGAGAGAUGCGCAAGAUGGCUCCCAUCUUUAAAGACCCCUCCCCCGGUGGAAUGGGUUACUCGAAACUUAGAUGCUCUUGAUGCCUCACACACAUUCCUCCGUACAAUUUACUGAAUGGUUCAUUCGUUUCUGAUGUUGAGGAUGAUCAACCUUUAGCCUCAUCAGCCUUAUCGUGGCGUAUAUUAUUUGCAUACCUUCUGUUGCCGUGACAGCUUUUUCAUGUUUUGUUGACUUACUUAUCUCGAGAUACAAGGGCGCCAGUUGACCUGUUAGGUCCUUUCGUUUGGAAACCUUUUCUAACCUUUUCUAAGCUCCGAAGAGAAAAGAGAAGACAGCUCAACCAACCCAACGAAAACCAUCACACAAGCUUAGAACUGCUCCCUCCCAAUUCGAAGCCAUGGCCUUUACGGCUGUCCACUAUCCGACUGACAAAGACCAGGGACACAUCCCUUAUUGGCCCGAAAAUGAGGAGCUGGGGGUGGCAAGCGAGAAUUUCUUUGACCAAUUCGUCACCUUUGAUGGCUCAGAUCCCGCGGCUGCGGCACUGAGCUGCGGCCUCGAGGACCCCCCAAGUCCAUCUGCCCUGCUCGAUUCCUUCAAUGAUAACUUUACCAACUCAUCUGCUAGCGAGCAGGGCACGCAAUCUGGGCAGGCCCAAAGCGAAUCGUCAGCCACGUCUGUUUCGCUGGAUACACCUUUGGCAUCUUGCUUGGAAGUCGAGCCUCUGGAACAUUGCAAGUCUGUUCCUGCGGAGCUCACCAAUCCUCUGCUGGCAGAUCCUGUACUGAGCGGCGGUUCUAUUUCGGACUCGGAACUGCUCCGCUUGGAAGGCAUUUCUUUGAAGUCGCCAAAGCCAAGCGUCACAGCGCCGUCAAGCCCCCCUUUCGCUACCGGCUCUCCUAGCCCGCGCAAGCAUAAUCGGGUUCUUAAUUCCAUCUAUGCUACAUUUCGUCGAGCAACACAUCGUUCGAAAUCCCGGAAACCUGUGGAUACGAAUGCGGAGACGAUGCCAGAUAUGUUUAAAGAUGAAGAGCAUGUAUCCUACGACCUACCAGCCAAUCUUGAUUUAAACGACUUUGGAGAUAUCAAGCUAGAAGAUAUACCUGGCCCAGUUGACAGCCACGGUUUACCUAUCUCGCCGCCUCUCACGGGAAGGAUCCCUCCCGACCAAAACCCCAACGACGUCUUAAAUUUCGUAAGCGGCCAUUUCGACGACCCAUUUUGCGAUGGCCUGUUAGCACCACCCGCCACCAUUCACCCAUCAGGGAAGAGCCACGACGCCAACAUAAACACACCUCUCGACACUCCAUCUCUAUCCGACGACGCCUUCUACCACGGAAUGGGCAUCCUAGAUACCAACGGAUCCUCCUUCCGCCCGCAACCCAAACUCCGAAGCACAAGCUCGGCAGAGUGGCCAAUGGAAGGGAUCCUAAGCAACGACGCCAACCCCAACGCCACAAUCUGGCCCUCCAAUUCUCCCCAAAACGCCCCUUACAUCCCCGAUACCGGAAACGCACUAGCAAGCCCGGGAUGGUGGGACCCCCCAAACAACCACCCCCACCAUCCCCACUCCCGCCCAAUGGACCUCCCUCUCCACAACGGUCUCCCCUACGACUACCCCCCCAACCCCGACCUCGCCGGCCUCAUGAUCCACAUGCCCCAGCCGCGCCCCCCUCAAUCCGCCGUCCUCACCCCCGGCCCCGCAAACGACCCUUACUACAACGGCGGCACCCCGCGCCACCACCGCCGGCACUACAGCGAACAGCGGCGACCGCGCCCGCGCGCUCCUUCCUCAGGCGCUAGACACUACGCCAACGGUGGGGGCGGUGCGGGGAUCCACACGCCGCUAACGUCGCCGCGGAAAGUGUCUGCGGGCGCGGGCGCGGGAGCGGGGUGCUAUACCCUGCGCGAAGAACCGCCUAGUCCGACGCCCACGGGCCGACACCGGUCCGCGUCCGGCGGGUCUCUCGCGGUGCGGAAACGGCGGUCCUGGCGCGGAAGGCAGAACCUCGGUUCCGAGCCACGAACGCCUUCCGGGCGGUCCGUUUCGUCGUCUUGUCGGCCGCCAAUCGGGUUUGAUGGGCACGGGGCGGUUCCGACGAGGAGGGUUAGUAUGGGGAAUAUGCGCGGAGACGGCGGAGGGGGAGGGGGGUCGUUGUCGAUUGAGUUCUGUAAUUACACGCCGAGUGAUAAGAAGGUGCUUAUGAAUGGGGUGGCGCCGAGCGGGUCGAGUAAGACGAAGGCGAGGAGGGAGAGGGAGGCGCAGGAACAUAAGAGGAAGAUGAGUGAGGCUUAUAUGCAGGCGAUUCGUGCGGCGGGCGGGGAUGUGGAGAAGUUGAGGCAGGGGGGGUUUUUUGGGGGUGGGGAGUAG